AUGAAAUCAAAUAAAUCCAUAAUUAGCAACUUUACAUCAGUCGAAAAUUAUAUCAAAAAUAGUUCUGAGGCUUUCAAAAUCAAGAAUCCUAAACUUACAAGUCGUUAAAUAGAAAGUAAACUAAGAGAAUAAUGGAAAUAAGAACUAGUAAAAUAUCAAAGUAUUUCAAAUAAAAAAGAAUUGUCUAUUAAUGUCAAGACAGAAGACAUAUAUAUUCCUAUAGAACCUAUAAUUAUUUCAAAAAAAGUUUAUUUAUUCUUAUAAUUUUAGGUUUAAACAAAUUCAGAAAAAAAAAAAAAUUAAAAAAAAAAGAAAAACUACAAAAAAAAUUACAAAAAAAACUACAAAAAAAAUAAAUCAAAAAAAUACUCAAAAAAACCCUCAAAAAAAUCUAAACCAGUUGGUGCUAUAGAUAAUCCAGAUAUACCUUUGGAUUCGUUACAAUCUUUAGAAGAAUAAGUAUAAAAUAUAUAAAUAGAUACAAAUUAAACAAAAGCAGAAAAUCAAAAUGCUAAAAAAUAAAACUCAAAGAAUGGAAAUAAUAAUAAAAAUUUUUAAAAUACAUAAUAACAAAAAAAUAACGCUAAAUAAAUUAAAGUCUAAUUUAAAUAAAUGGAAAAAUUAUCAAAGCCUAUAGACUUUGAAAAUAUUUCUGAAUAUAAACCAAUCCCAAUUUAAGAUUUUAUUAAUUCGGUAAAUUUGAUUGAUGGGAUAAAUAUAAUUUAGAUUUCUUAAGAUUAGACAAAUCAAGGACAAGUUGGAAUAGAUCCAAUAAAAUCUAUUAAAACUCAUACUUAUGGUAUUUUUAAUCAUUAUAAUGACACAUCAAAUUUUAAUUUGCAAUUAUUUUUUGAGGUAGAAUUUGAGCAAAGAUAAAAUGGAACUUAACCUCAUAAUACAUUUUGUACUGCAAAAUAAGCAGCACUAUAUAAUAAGGAUUUAGUUCAGUAAUAUGUGAGAUCAAAAAAACAUAUUUUUACUAAAGAUUUUGAAUAUUAUAUAAAAUGA